UCACACAGAGAAGCGCGCACACGUACGACAGAAGAUCUAUUUGUAUCGUCCGUCGGACCACACGUUCGUGCUUGAGGAAUAUACUUUGAAUUUGCGUGGGGGAAUUUUCUGUCUGCCUAAAGACUCUGUGGAGAGAAAACAGGACACGACAGAAGAGCUAGAGAGAGAAAAAAGAAGAGGAAAAGAGAGAGAGAGAGAGACAGAGAGAGAGGAGAGACGGAGAGAGGAGCGCGCGCGCACGAGAUACAGCAGGGGACACGGAACCUUAGAGCAUCAAUGCAUGGAGAGAGUUUAAAAUGCGCACCGCUCACAUUAUCCGACUCUGGGUUUAGAGGAAAAAAGAAACACUUCAGGUGCGUGUCGAUGCUGCGGUGAGCUGCUAGGAGUCGAGGUGUGGGGAGUGUGAGCUCAGGUCAUGGUGCCACAUCACACACGGCCGUCUCGUUUCCACAGCGCGGCCAGCCUGCUGCUGCUGCUGCUUGGACUCGCUAUACAUAUACGGGGAGACAGCAUGCCCAGCUUCAUUAAGUCUCCAGAGGACCAGACUGGCAUAUCUGGAGGCGUUGCAUCUUUCGUGUGCCAGGCAGUUGGCGAGCCCAAACCACGUAUAACAUGGAUGAAGAAGGGCAAGAAAGUCAGCUCACAGCGCUUUGAGGUGAUUGAAUUUGAUGAUGGCUCGGGGUCAGUGUUAAGGAUCCAGCCCUUGAGGACGCACCGAGAUGAGGCAAUCUACGAGUGCACAGCCACUAACAGCAUGGGGGAAAUUAACACCAGUGCCAAGCUUACUGUCCUGGAAGAGGACCAGAUCCCACAUGGUUUCCCCACUAUAGACAUGGGACCUCAGCUGAAGGUGGUGGAGAGGACCCGCACAGCCACCAUACUGUGUGCAGCAAGCGGGAAUCCUGACCCUGAAAUAUUCUGGUUUAAAGAUUUUCUCCCUGUCGACAUCAACGGCAGUAAUGGGCGAAUUAAACAGCUGCGCUCAGGUGCGCUGCAGAUAGAGAACAGUGAGGAAUCAGAUCAGGGAAAAUAUGAGUGUGUGGCAACAAACAGCGCCGGGACACGAUACUCCGCUCCGGCUAAUCUAUAUGUCAGAGUCAGGCGAGUUCCACCACGCUUCUCCAUUCCCCCCACCAAUCAUGAGGUGAUGCCCGGUGGCAGUAUCAACCUCACAUGUGUCGCCGUCGGCGCCCCAAUGCCUUUUGUCAAGUGGAUGAAGGGUGAAAUGGAGCUGACCAAAGAGGAAGAGAUGCCUGUUGGACGCAACGUUCUGGAGCUCACCAACAUUCGCCAGUCAGCAAACUACACCUGUGUAGCGAUUUCCUCUCUGGGAAUGAUCGAGACCACGGCACAGAUCAUUGUCAAAGCCCUCCCUCGGCCUCCCAUCUCUCUAAUGGUGACUGAAACCACAGCGACCAGCGUGACUCUGACAUGGGAUUCUGGGAACCCAGAGCCGGUCUCAUACUAUGUCAUUCAGUACCGUGCCAAACACUCUGAUAACGGUGGUUUCCAGGAAGUGGAUGGUGUGGCAUCGACACGCUACAGCAUUGGCGGUCUGAGUCCAUUCUCUCCUUACGAGUUCCGUGUCAUGGCUGUGAACAAUGUGGGGCGUGGCCUGCCUAGCACUUCUGUGGAAACGCGAACUGGUGAGCAAGCACCAUCCUCUCCUCCACUGAAGGUGCGGGCUAGGAUGCUGAGUUCAAGCACAGCGCUGGUACAGUGGGAACCUCCUGAGGAGCCAAAUGGCCUUAUCAGGGGCUACAGAGUAUAUUACACACAUGAUGCACACUCAUAUGCGCCACUCAGUGCCUGGUACAAGCACAACACGGCUGAUGCUGCACAGCUGGCCACAAUCUCGAACCUGGUGCCUAGCAGCACCUACAGCCUGCGUGUGCUAGCUUUCACAGCUGUGGGAGACGGACCACCAUCCCACACACUGCAGAUUAAAACACUACAGGGAGUUCCAGCACAGCCAAGUGAAUUAGAGGCAGAAGCGGAGCUUGACACUCGGAUCAUGCUGCGUUGGCUUUGGCCUGUUCAGGACCAAAUUAUUAAAUAUGAGCUCACCUACUGGGAAGCUGACUCUGGACACAAGAACCAUGUGACCUUUGACCCAGCUGGUUCGUACGCUGUGGAGGGCCUGAAGCCUGACACGCUGUAUAAAUUCACACUGGCUGCUCGCUCAAGAAUGGGUUUAGGCUUGUACACACAGCCCAUUGAGGCUCGCACAGCCCAGUCCACCCCAUCUGCCCCUCCUCAGGACGUGCACCUGCUCAGCCUCUCUUCUACCAGCAUCAAGGUGAGUUGGGUGGCACCUCCUGUUGCCAGUCGCCAUGGGAACAUUGUGCGCUACUCCUUGGCCUAUCAAGCACCCUCAGGGGAGGACCAGGAGCGUCACGAGGUGAUAGACAUUCCUGCUGAUGCCACCAGCUAUGUGCUUGAGGGACUGGAGAAAUGGGCAUUGUACCAUGUGUGGGUUAAGGCCCAUACCGAUGUGGGGCCGGGUCCUGAGAGCAGCAGCACCUGGAUUCGGACCCAAGAGGAUGUGCCUGGUGCUCCCCCACGCAGGGUGGAAGUGGACGCAGUGAACUCUACAGCACUCCAUGUGACCUGGAAACCUCCACUGGUGCAGAAGCAGCAUGGAGAGAUCCGCGGUUAUCAGGUGGUUUACUCCCGUGUGGAGGAUGGAGAACCUCGAGGACAGCCCACUAUCCUGGACAUAGCACUGCCCGAUGCUCAGGAGGCCUAUAUCACAGGGUUGCAGGCUGAGACAUCAUACUCUGUUACCGUGGCAGCGUACACAACUAAAGGUGAUGGAGCUCGGAGUAAAGCCAAGGUGGUAACCACUACAGGGGCAGUGCCAGGUAAGCCCACUAUGAUCAUCAGCACUACAGUGGGUAACACAGCUCUGAUCCAGUGGCAGCCUCCAAAAGAGACGUUUGGCGAGCUGUUGGGCUUUAGACUGCAGUAUAAAUGCCAGGACGACGAUGAUAAUGAUGACAAAGAUGACAAUGAUGAAGGCUCGUUCAUCACACGCCACUUCAUGCGCACCGAUGACCAUUUCACUGUCACCGGACUGCUCAAGGGCUCCACUUAUAGCUUCAGACUGAGUGCCAAGAACCGAGCGGGCCAUGGAGAGGAGCACAUUAAAGAGAUCACAACCCCUGAUGACAUUCCUAGUGGUUACCCACAAAACCUCAGUGUGGUGGGAUUGAGCUCCACCUCGACCACUCUAUCAUGGGCCCCCCCACCACUGGUGCAGAGAAACGGCAAAAUUGUGCGCUAUGAUAUUGUGUACCGGGACAUCAACAGUGUAAGGAAUCAAACCAACAUUACAACAGAGACUCGCAUUAGCAUCGGCGGCCUGAAACCCGACACUACGUACGAUAUCAGAGUGAGAGCCUAUACCAAGAAAGGACCAGGACCUUUCAGCCCCAGCAUUCAGAGCAGGACCAUGGCCACAUCUGUGCCUGAAUUUGCCAAAAACUUUGGGGUGAAAGCAGCAACAAAGACCUCAGUACUACUUACAUGGGAGGUGCCCGAAACCUACAAGCCUCAAGUGCCUUUUAAGAUCCUGUAUAACCAGCAGAGCGUGGAGGUGCAGGGUGAUCUGCGAAGGAAACUGAUCACUCGUCUUCAGCCCGACACCGAGUACUCGUUUGUGCUGAUGAACAGAGGCAGCAGUGCCGGAGGACUGCAGCAGCAAGUGUCCAUCCGUACAGCCCCGGACUUGCUGGACAAAAAACCCAGCCGUUCGGCCCACGAGUCUGCUGUGGGUGGACGAGUCACUCUAACAUUGCCCACGGUGACCGCCGGCGCCGCUGCACGUAUCAGGUGGUACUUCAUAGUGGUGUUGCCCAUGAGUCAAGCUACAUCAAGCCACUGGGAAAGUCCAGAAGAUAUCGACCUUGACGAGUUGUUAGAAGCUGGUGGUGAUACAACUGUGAUGAAGAGGAAGAAGAGGCAGAGUGACGACUCCCUGAAGCCAUACAUCGCUGCGAGGCUGCACACACUGCCAGAGAGCUUCACACUGGGAGACGAGCGGCAUUACAGUGGCUUCUACAACAGACCACUGCUCGCUCAGACUCAGUACCGAACCUUCAUCAUGGCUGCACUCCAGGAGCAUGACUCUAAAACAUUCGCUACAAGCCCAUUCUCAGACCCCAUCAUGGUGCAGGUGCAAAUGUCCCGACAUGCAGAAGAUCCCGAGAUGCUUUGGGUGAUGGGGCCGGUGCUGGCUGUCGUCCUCAUCAUCAUUAUUGUCAUCGCCAUCCUACUCUUCAAGAGCAAACAGGAGAGGAAGCGAGCAUCUCCCUCAGUGAAGGAUGAACACACAGCCGGAGUGAAGGACCAUCUGCUGGCCCACUCGUCUGAUCCCGUAGAGAUGAGGAGACUAAACUACCAAACACAGGGUUCCAGUGACCCAAGUUGUCCAGACACUCCAAGGAUGAGAGAGCACCCACCCAUCUCCGUCUGUGACCUGGCCGAACAUAUUGAGCGGCUCAAAGCCAAUGACAGCCUCCGCUUCUCUCAGGAAUACGAGUCAAUUGAUCCCGGGCAGCAGUUCACCUGGGAACACUCCAACCUCGAAGUGAACAAGCCAAAAAACCGUUAUGCUAAUGUCAUUGCAUACGACCACUCCAGAGUCGUCUUGUCACCCAUCGAUGCUAUGCCCGGGAGCGACUACAUUAACGCAAACUACAUAGACGGAUACAGGAAGCAGAAUGCCUACAUCGCUACUCAGGGCCCCCUACCUGAGACUGUCAGUGAUUUCUGGAGGAUGCUGUGGGAACAGAGGAGCAGCACCAUCGUCAUGAUGACUCGACUGGAGGAGAAGUCAAGAGUGAAGUGUGAUCAGUACUGGCCGAGUCGGGGGACAGAGACAUACGGCAUGAUUCAGGUCACGCUGCUGGACACAGUGGAGCUUGCCACAUACAGUGUCAGAACCUUUACUAUGUACAAGAGUGGCUCCAGUGAAAAAAGAGAGGUGAGGCAGUUCCAGUUCAUGGUGUGGCCUGAUCAUGGCGUUCCCGAGUAUCCUACUCCUAUCCUGGCUUUCAUGCGCCGAGUCAAAGCUUGUAACCCACCUGAUGCUGGACCCAUGGUGGUGCACUGCAGUGCGGGCGUGGGCCGGACAGGCUGCUUCAUCGUGAUUGAUGCCAUGCUGGAGCGCAUGAAGCAUGAGCAAACAGUGGACCUGUAUGGUCAUGUGACCCUGAUGCGCUCUCAGAGGAACUACAUGGUACAGACAGAGGAUCAGUACAUCUUCAUCCAUGACGCGCUACUGGAGGCAGCCGUCUGUGCUCACACUGAGGUCCCAGCACGCAGCCUUUACUCUCACCUCCAGAAACUCACAAACACACCUCCAGGGGAGACUGUCACUGCCAUGGAGCUGGAGUUCAAGAAACUGGCCAACUCCAAAGCACACACGUCCCGCUUCAUCAGCGCCAACCUGCCGUGCAACAAGUUCAAAAACCGGCUCGUCAACAUCAUGCCCUUCGAGUCGAGCCGAGUGUGUCUGCAGCCCAUCAGAGGAGUGGAGGGAUCCGACUACAUCAAUGCCAGCUUCAUCGAUGGAUAUAGGCAGCAGAAGGCGUACAUAGCAACACAGGGUCCUCUGGCGGAGACCACAGAGGACUUCUGGAGAAUGCUUUGGGAGCACAAUUCCACCAUCGUAGUCAUGCUGACUAAACUCAGAGAGAUGGGAAGGGAGAAGUGCCAUCAGUACUGGCCAGCUGAGCGUUCUGCACGCUAUCAGUACUUUGUGGUGGACCCCAUGGCUGAAUACAACAUGCCUCAGUACAUCCUGCGAGAGUUCAAAGUCACUGAUGCCAGGGAUGGCCAAUCUAGGACUAUUCGUCAGUUCCAGUUCACUGAUUGGCCAGAGCAGGGUGUGCCAAAGACAGGGGAGGGGUUUAUCGAUUUUAUUGGACAGGUGCAUAAAACCAAGGAGCAGUUUGGCCAGGAUGGACCAAUUACUGUUCACUGCAGUGCCGGUGUGGGUCGUACAGGAGUGUUCAUCACUCUGAGUAUCGUACUAGAGAGGAUGAGAUAUGAGGGAGUCGUGGAUCUGUUCCAAACCAUCAAAACACUGCGCACUCAGAGGCCAGCCAUGGUACAGACCGAGGACCAGUAUCAGCUGUGCUACCGAGCAGCUCUUGAGUACCUGGGCAGCUUUGAUCACUAUGCAACAUAACCGCUCAUCUGAAAACCUCCGGAAAGCCCUGAAACGCCCCUCAGGAGAGCAGGCGGAUCAUUCUGAGCAACAACACACACUCCACUGAUUCAGUUUAGGGGUUCAGAGAGAAAGAAAGAAAGAAAGAAAGAAAGAGAGAGGGAGAGAGAGAGAGAGAGAGAGAGAGAGAAAGGGAGAGAGAAAUAGAGAGAGACAGAGAGAAGUACAGGAAAAUGUGAAUGUCAGGCAGGGCACCUACAACUUUUUCUAGUCCUGCAUCCAUUCCUCUUUCCGAACACGAAAGUGCCGCUCUGGUGUCAAUAUUACUGGAAACCUGUAAUAGCAUAAAAAUAUCUCCAAAUCCUGCUGAGACUGAAAAUUGUACUAAUUUUUUUUAAUCAUUGUUGUCGUAUUAAUCAACAUUACCAUUAUUAAUUAUUAUCAUGAGCAUACGAUAUACAACACAACUAUGUAAUUGUUGUCAUUUAUACUGGUAAUCUGUAAUGGGUCUAUUUUAAUUUUUUUUUUUUUUUUUGAUAUAUUUUUUGCUCUUUUUAAUUUUUUUAUAUACAUAUUUUAAAAUAAUCACGUAUUAUUUGAUGUUAUUGUUAUCACCAUAUGGUCUUAUAUGUUUAGUACACAGGCGUGUAUUUUAACACGACCUGAAUACACUGAGCUGCUGAUCGUAUCUUUGUUAAUACCAUUAUGUUAUUUUAAUGACACUGCAGUUAUUCAGCGGGCGAGGGGAAGACCUUCUGUACACCUUUUUCUUCUGGCAACUUUGUAGAACAAAUUAUGUGAGUUCAACAUUAUAUUAAAUGAUGUGAAUCCAGAGUCAGUGAACAGUGAUACAUGAGAUCAAGGAAAGAUACAGUGUAUAAACUGAGAGUAUGCAGGGAACUAGGCCAAAACGGAUCAGACACGUACAUGUACAGGACGUGUACUAUUUUAUUUCUUAAAGGUUAGGUCAGCGAUUUUUAAAGUCAGGACACAUUUUAUAAUAUUCAGUAAAGCCCUUCGCACAUCCAAGCAGCUGCCUAUAAAAUACUUUGGAGGGAAUAGUUAGCUGAUGGGCUAAAUCUGUGCUGUAAUCAUUUAGAUUUUUAAGUUUCCUAACAGGUAGCAUGAGAUAGCUGUUGUGGAUCCAUGUCCAGAAAUAUAAUCCUAAAAAUAAAACAUACAGCCAGACAUAAACUUAAAGCACAAUUGAUCCUAAACAUAAAUAUCCAAGGCAAGGGCUCAAAUCCAAUAAACCAGGCAGAACAAACAAGGCUCUGAACUCGCACACAGUUGGACAGAAAGGCAAGACUUCACAAUGAGUAAAAAUGUCCAUGAAACUUUUUAUAUAAUACUAAAACCAGGUAAUCUGGAACUGACUGUUAGAGGUCACACUAGUAUUGCAAUGAGCACAAAUCAUCCACUGGGAAGGGAAUAUCUCUGUUAUGCUAACUUCUACAAAAAAAAUCGCUGACUAUACCUUUAAAAAGCAUACAAAAAUAUCCACAAUGACAACGAGAUUUCUGAACAGAGCAUCGUGACUGAGAUGCUGUUACUAGCCAUGUGCAGGUCAAAAAUGAAGUCUACACUACAUACAGUACGCACACAGUAAAGGCCACACACACAUACACACACGCACACACUCACAGGAGCGCAGUGAUACAAAACAAAAAAGAAUACACAAUUAAUACAACACAUACUAAACAAGAUAUUUUACAGCAAGACAUGACACUAUGUUCUGUAUGUCUUAGAGUGUGCAAAAUGUUAGCAGGGUAAUACAAUGUUUAAUACUGUGCUUUUAUCAGGAUUAUUUCAUGGUUGAUUAAAAGCCACAGCAUGGAACAGUCUGCUGAAACUACUGAUCCUGAUGUCCCUACACAUGAUAUUUUCACAUACUGUAAACAUCAUGUGAGCAUAUGUCACUGUGGCUCAGAAGGACAAUAUCACAACAUAAGCAAGAAGAAACACCGGCUUGAGUGUUUCCCUAAAAGAGUAUUUCGAUUAAAAGAGAGGUGGAUUGGACCAGACUGGACCGCUCAUUAUUGGCGUCGAGAUGUGAGAGGCUUCGUUCGAUCUGUUGGACAUGCCGUUUAUUUUCUAUUUGUUCAUAAAAAAAAACAAAAAAUAAAAACGAAGAGAAAGUGAGGAAAUAUGUUCCAAAUACCUUGAUGUUAAUAAAGUUGAAUAAUUGGGUUUUGUAUAA